AUGAAGAAGAAAGGCAGAAACCACCGCCCGGCUGUGCUGAGGAGGGACUCUUCUCCCAUCAAGCCCUCGCCCAACAGGGAGACGCUGACGUACGCACAGGCGCAGCGGAUGGUGGAGCUGGAGGUGGACGGCCGCGUGCAUCGGCUCAGCAUCUACGACAAGCUGGACGUCAUCGCCGACGACGACCCCACCGCCCAGGAGAUCAUGGAGUGCAACAGCAACAAAGAGAACAACGAGAAGCCCCAGCAGGUCCUGGUUCGCUCGGUGCGCCUCAAAAUCAACCAGCAGAAGAAGAACGCGGCGCUCAGCGCCUCGCACAGCUGCAGCGCCGCCGCCCUCCUGGAACCCAAGGUCCGAACGGUGGAAUACAACCUGCCCGUGGUGCCCAAGAGGCCCGCGGCCUAUUACAAAUACACCGAGAGGACAGCGGAGGAGCUGGACGAGGAAGUGGAGUACGACAUGGAUGAGGAAGACUAUGCCUGGCUGGAGCUGAUUAACGAGAAGAGGAAGAGCGAGGGGGUCAGCCAGGUGUCGCACAACCUGUUCGAGUUCCUCAUGGACCGCUUUGAGAAGGAGUCCUACUUGGCCACGCGAGGCCAGAGCGACCUGCAGGCGCUGGUGGACGAGGACGCGGUGUGCUGCGUGUGCAUGGACGGGGACGGCGCCGACAGCAACGUCAUCCUCUUCUGCGACUCCUGCAACAUCCCCGUGCACCAGGAGUGCUACGGCGUGCCCUACAUUCCCGAGGGCCAGUGGCUGUGCCGCCACUGCCUGCAGUGCCCCGCGCGCCCGCCCGAGUGCCUCUUCUGCCCCAACCGGGGGGGGGCUCUGAAGAAGACGGACGACGGGCGCUGGGGGCACGUGGCGUGCGCGCUGUGGGUGCCCGAAGUGGGCUUCUCCGACACCGUCUUCAUCGAGCCCAUCGACGGCGUCCGCAACAUCCCGCCGGCCCGCUGGAGGCUCACCUGCUACCUGUGCAAGGCCAAGGGCGCCGGCGCCUGCAUCCAGUGCGACAAGAUCAACUGCUACACCGCCUUCCACGUCAGCUGCGCCCAGAAGGCCGGCCUCUACAUGAAGAUGGAGCCCGUCAGAGAGGUGACGGCGUCCGGCGCCGCCAUCUUCUCGGUGAAAAAGACGGCCUUCUGCUGCAGCCACACGCCGGACGGCUGUGACCGCCGGCCGCUCGCCAUUUACCAGGAGCACUACCCCAACCACGGAGCCUGCCACAAGAGGCCCGACAAGAGGGGCAAAGCGCGCUCCAAGGGCUGGCAGAAGAAGAAGAUUAAGAGAGCUGAGCCGGAAACGGAAACUACGCCCCCGCCCAGCUCUGGGCCGAGCAUCACUGUGUCCAGUUUGGACACCAUCCUGAACCAGGUGGCGGUUCAAAGGAAGCGCGUGUUCGUGGAGGGGCUGCUGAGCUACUGGGUGCUGAAGAGGCAGUCGAGAAACAAUGUGCCUCUCAUCCGCAGACUGCAGGCCAACCCUCAGCCCCCCAAAGCCAAGCAGAUGGAUCGCAUGGAGACAAACCAGGCUCUGAAAGAGCAAUUGAAAGAGUGGCACCGCCUCCGCCACGACCUGGAGCGAGCCCGUCUGCUGCUGGAGCUCAUUAGGAAGAGAGAGAAACUUAAGAGGGACGAGAUGAAACUCCACCAGUCGGUGUUGGAGGUGCAGCUGACCCCCUUCAACAUCCUGCUGAGGGCUGUGCUCAGCCAGCUGCAGGAGAAGGACCAGUACAGCAUCUUUGCCCAGCCUGUCAGCAUAAAGGAGGUUCCUGACUAUCUGGACCACAUAAGUAAUCCUAUGGACUUUUCCACUAUGAGGAAAAGAAUCGAUGCGCACAACUACAGUUCUUUGGAUGACUUUGAAGCCGACUUUAACCUCAUAAUCAGUAACUGCAUGAAGUACAACGCCAAGGACACGUUCUUCUACAAGGCAGCGCAGCGGAUGCUGGAUCACGGAGGGGUCAUCCUCCGCAGGGCCCACAAAGAGGCCGACAGGAUUGGCUUUGACUUCCCCAGAGGGCUCCACCUGCCCGAGGCGCCCAAACUAGAGACCCCCCCGCCCUUCUCCUGGGAGGACGUGGACCGCCUUCUAAGCCCCACCUACCGUCAGAGGACCCCUUUGAAAGACCAACUGAGGGAGCUUCUGGAGAAGCUUGACCUGAGCACUGCCAUGAAGCACAGCCCGUCUCGCAGCAAGAGGCUCAAGCUGCUCAAAAAGACCAUCGCAGAAGUCCGCAACGAGAUGAGCCUGAAGAAGUCUGUCUCACCAGCGCCGCCCCCCCCGGCCUCAGAUCCCAUUCCACCUCCUCCUCACUCAGAGGAGCAGAAACCCCCUGAGACCUCACCCAGCUCCUGCACGCCACAGGAGGAUCAGACUUUACGUCCGCCAGCACUGGAGCUGUUGGCUUCCCAGACUACACCCGUUAAGCCGGAGCCGCCCCCCCUGAAGCCGCUGGGAUCUGUCUGGGACCAGCCUCCCGUGGAGCCCGAGGGCACCAACACAUCUACCUCAGCGCCCGCGGCCCCCCCUAACGGGCGCGUCUCAGACCGGCCGCUGGCCAACGGCAGCCUUCACAUAGAAGCCUCUGGCACCUGCAGCCGCCGGACCAACGUCUUAUUCCGCAAGUCCAAGAGCGCCAGCCCGCAGAAGCCCCCCAGGACUCCAGAGGGGGCCGCGGGCUCGCCGCCGCCGCUCGGGGCAAAGACCUUUUUGUCCGUGGUGAUCCCACGACUGGAGACACUCCUGCUGCCCAAGAAGAGAACGCGAAGCACCAGUGCUGACUGCGAGGAGGACGAGGAGACGCCCAUCAAGCGUCUGGGCACAGGAAUUGCAAACGGCUUCGUGGUGGAGGAAGAUGCGGCCCCGUCUCCCCGUCAGCUGGAGCCGCGCCGCAGAUGUGCGUCAGAGUCCAGCAUCUCGUCCAGCAGCAGCGCUCUGUGCAGCAGCAGUGCGGUCAUCACGUCUAAAAGUGGGAAAGGGCGACCGGCCACGGCUCGACGGAGCACCGUGGAUGACCGGAGCUCUCUGAUGACCUGCAUAGAAAAUGGAGAUUUCACCAAAGCACCCAAGCUGUCUUCAGAGGUGUGGAAGCCCACUGCUGCUUCUCCAUUUGUUCUGGAGCCUCUUAAGAUAGUUUGGGCUAAAUGUAAUGGAUACCCCUCCUUCCCCGCCUUGAUCAUGGACCCCCGCCCCCGGAGGACAGCGGGCCAGCUCAGCGGGGCGGAGCUGCCCCGGCCCCCCCCGGACGUGCUCAGAGCCGGAGAGCAGAUGCAGUUC